AUGUCUGUAGCACACAGAGCCUUGCAAAUUCGACUUCCUCCUUUGCCUAGCAUCAAAGAUGUCAUUCGAUUGUACAAAUUACGCGCACUUAGGGAACUGUCGCAAAAUUUUCUUUUGGAGCCUCGGUUAAUUGAUAAAAUAGUACGAGCUGCAGGUAAUAUACAGAAUAAUAUAGUGUGUGAAGUGGGACCUGGGCCGGGUGGAAUUACUAGGUCUAUUAUACAACAGGCGCCUAGGAAAGUCAUUCUAGUCGAGAAAGAUCCACGGUUUUUACCGACUUUAGAGCUUUUAGCAGAUGCCUGUAAGGAUAAAGUUGAUAUUGAUAUUAUAACUGGUGAUAUCUUACACACGGAUGUAGCACAUUUUAUUCCACCAGAUGUCAAAGUUGGUUGGAAUGACCCUCCUCCCCCUGUUAAUCUGAUCGGUAACUUACCAUUUAGUGUAUCAACAAUACUAAUGAUACGCUGGUUGGAGGCAAUUUCUAGACAAGAAGGUGCUUGGUCAUUUGGUAGGGUGAGGAUGACUUUAACUUUUCAAAAGGAAGUGGCUGAGAGAAUGUCUGCACCCAUCUUGCAUAAGCAAAGAUGUAGGUUGUCUGUUAUGUGUCAGAAUUGGUGCAAUGUAAAGUAUAAAUUUGAUAUACCCGGCUCCGCUUUUCUACCUAAGCCAGAAGUUGAUGUGGGAGUGGUAACACUGACACCUUUAAAACAACCAAUUAUAAAGUUGCCAUUUAAACUUGUAGAAAAAGUUGUCAGGCAGAUAUUUUCAAUGCGGCAAAAAUAUUCAAUAAGGGGUGCACAGACAUUAUUUCCCGAGGAGAUUCGUGAAGAAAUGGCAUUAAAAAUGUACAAUAUAGCUGACUUAGAUCCUGUGACAAGACCUUAUCAAAUAACCAAUUCAGAGUUUGGUAGACUGUGCGAGGCUUACAAGGCUAUUAUAACAGAGCAUCCAGAUUUAGAAAAGUAUGAUUAUAGAGCUCCAAAGAAAAAAGUUAUAACUGAAAAUCUAGAUGAAGAAAUAAUGUAA